GACGUGCAAUAAAUCUCCUUGGAAGGGAGCUCAGAGUAAGCCUUCUCCAGAGUAAGCCUUUCCAUGGCAAGCUAUGUGAUGAGAGCAAGCUAUGCGAUCACAAUAUGGCUUUUCCAGAGCAAGCCACGAGAGGAAGCCAUCCCAUCGGAUCAACUUGGAGCAAGCCUUCCGUUCAGAGCAAGCCUUGAGAUCAGGAGAGCGAUCCGAUCAGAGUCAGCUGUUUGAUCAAACUAAGGCUUUUCCAGAGCAAGCCAUCAAAGGAGCCUUCCUUAAAGCAAGCCAGGAGAGGAAGCCAUCCCAUCUGAUCAACUUCAGAGCAAGCCAUCAGAUGAAGCCUUCCAACAGAGCAACCCAUUCAACAGGGACAAGCUAUCUGAUCAAAGCGAGCCUUCGAAUAAGCCUUUUCCGGAGAGCAUGUUUUGGUAUUUGCGACAUGCAACAAAACUUUUCAGUCCAGCCUUUCAAAAGGUUCAAAGCAUAUGAUGGGCUGCGAUGUGCAACAAAACUUCUCGAAAUUUCCCAGUUCGGUUUUCAUAACACCCCAAGAUGAAACCGUCAGAGAUGCGACGUGCAACAAACGUCGUCCCAAUGGGUACUCAAAAAUCUCGAGCACAGACCAGAUCGAUUUGGAGGCGUGAAGGUGAAUCUAUAGGAGACUUGUGAGUAAGAACUACU